AUGGAGGUUGAUGGGAGCGUGAGGGCGCUCCCUGUCCUCGCCUUGCCGCUGGGGCGGCCCCGUGCCGGCACCUGCGUGGAGCCCGGGGGCCCGGCGCAGCUCCGCCCGCCCGUUAACCGCGCCUCUGCCUUGCAGACAAACCUCCCCAUCUUCAAGCUGAAGGAGUCGUGCGUGAAGCGGCGGUACAGCGACUUCGAGUGGCUGAAGAACGAGCUGGAGCGAGACAGCAAGAUUGUAGUGCCGCCGCUGCCCGGGAAAGCCUUGAAACGACAGCUCCCGUUCCGGGGCGACGAGGGGAUCUUUGAGGAAUCUUUCAUCGAGGAGAGGAGGCAGGGGCUAGAACAGUUUAUUAACAAAAUCGCCGGACACCCUCUGGCACAGAACGAGCGCUGCUUACACAUGUUCCUGCAGGAGGAGACCAUCGACAGGAACUACGUCCCAGGGAAAGUCCGUCAGUAGGAGAGCCUGGCACUCUGUCUUCCUCCAUUCCACCUUCCUCCUGCAGAAAUGACAUUUAUUUUUACACUAAAUCUGUCUCCUCUGAACCAGCUUCUCUCUGAACCUCCCAGUUUCUCCAGUAUUUUUUUUCUCUUUUCGUAUCUGGCAGCAGCGUUGAUAUCUGCUGGGCUUUGAUCUGGGCCUGAAGGUGUGAAGACGCAUGCGGUGUAUCUGUGGUGGCAGGAGCGAGUAGGUGUGUGAUGGGACUGGCACGAGGCGUUAUUGCAGUGUAUGGAAGCUGCCCCUCUCCCCUCACAGAAGGCUCCGAAGUGACCUUCGCUUCCCUGUCCACGCAGCCCCGAGCAUUUCUAAAGGAAACUGAGCAGAACAGUGAUCGUUGCCGGUCAGCCACAGCAGCAGGCGCUGGGGAGAUAGUAAGGCUUACCCAGAAACUCCGGUGCUGGGGCAGGCAGCUGGUCCUUGCCCAUCCCAUGCCUCCUCCCGCAUGAACCCUCCCUCUUCCGCUGCCCAGGAGUCCUGAGGCCCAGGAUUCUGCUCUACCCCCUGCUCCAGGCCUCCUGCCUUGCAGGCCUGCUCAGCACAGCGGGGCUCAUCCCUCCCCCACCCCAUGCUCUCUCCUACGCUGCUGGCAGCUUUGGGGAUGUCUCCGUCGUCUGAGCUCUCAUGGAGCAGUCCAGUAUGUUUGGAAGGGGGUUGGGCUGGGCCUGGGCUGCUGAGGCUGCAAGCAUGUGUAGCUGAGGAGUUGAGAACAUGCCAAGACCUGGCCGGGUGCGGGGGGGGGGGUCUGGUCCGGCUUUGCAGCACCCAGUGAACAGACUUGUGUUGGCUGCUUCUUGCGUUGGUCUCCUCAGGCUUGGCUUCUUCCUUUCACUUCUCGGGGGGUGGGGGGCCUGGCAGGGUGAGUGGGGCACUGCUACUCCCAGACUGAGUGGUGCUGACUGCUGCUUGCCCCGCUUGGGAACGCUCUUGCAAUCGGUCUGGGGCAGGAGCUGUUAGAUCCAAACUAGCACUAGAUGUGCUACCAGUUGCAAGGUGCCCAGGUUGUUGCCCCUCCCUGUGCCUCGCUGCUGCUCCCCUGCCCUGCGAAGCUUUGAGGCCAGGCACUUACUAGUGUGGGCACAAAGACAUGGACUAUUCAGGCAGCUCUUUAAAAGCACUUUCCUCAGAGGGUGCAGAAGGCUGCGAGCCGGUCCCUUCAUGGAUUUGCUUCUUGGUGCACUUGCCUCUUUGCUCUCCAAACUCAGUUGCUUGCCGAGGACGGGGGACCCUUGUGCAGAGGGGGACCUGGAGGGGCAGUGGGGGUCUUGGCUCUGGAGAGAGGAGGCUUCUGCCUUUUUGUAUUGAUCUGCAGUGACCUGACCUCCUGGCUGUGGGGAUGCCCAGGCUCCUGCUAGUGCAUCCACUGAGCUAUUCACGCGGGGCUCCCCUUGCCCGGGUGUGGUGGUGGGGCUGGGGCAGGGGCUCUGGUGCAGUGGGGGGUGGCAGGGCCGGGAGCCCGGAGUGUCGCUGACGCAGGCUGGCUGAGCGGCUCCCUGGGCUGCACCGGGCUGUGGCGGAUGCAGCGUGGCAGGAGUCCAGUCCUGGCAGCCAGAAGUGGCUCCGACUGACGCAGGCCGAGGAGGGGUCCCAGGCUGAGGCUGUGCUCCCCUCCACCCUCCCCAGGCGCUGCUUUGGGAUGGAGCCGCGCUUCCAGCCUGUCCUUGCUCGCUGUCUGAAGCAACCUGCUGCCUUCCCCAUCGGUCAUGUUUCUAAACUCCCUCGUCCGUGCACAAGUGCUGGGGGAUUGAAGGCUCUUUCUUCUGUGUAUAUAUCCUGCUGCGGGGCUUUAAUUCAGCAACUGUCUUCAAUCUACUGUCUGGUGUCAUGUCUGAGUUCUGUUCAUAUUAAACCACUGUGAAGCCACGCUGUCUACGUCUGUCCCU